CGGACUUUGUUGCAGUCUCCUCUUUUCCUGGUAUCUGCUUAAUGGUCUGGCGUGGGAGGUGGCCUCAAAAACAACAUAAAAAGAUUUUUGGGAAUGUUAAAAUUCCUUUCCCAAAACAUCACUACACAUUGUACCAUGAACUCAGUAUUUGUAAGGAUUAGAAAAAACAAAAGGAGCAGCAUUGAUUUUGUGAGCUGUCGACCUCUUUAAAACCAUUUAUUAGUCAGGUAUGAAAAUCAGUAAUCUGUUUGAUCAUAACAGAGCAGAUUACACAUGAUAAUAAUUGACAUAAUUUUCCUUUUUUUGGUAUCAUUCCAUUCACGGGCUACCGGGAUUUUUUUCCUUGUUCUCCAAAGAACAAGGAAAUCUACCUUGAUCUGAUAAAAUGCUAAAAGACAAGAAGAACAUCAUUAGAGAAUAAAAAAAUCUACUUAAACCACUGAAUCUGUUUCUUUAAAGGAUGCUCCACAGAGAACUUUUCUCAAGAGAAACCAUGCCAUUUUUGGGCCAAGACUGGAGAUCCCCUGGAUGGAGAUGGGUUAAAACAGAAGAUGGAUGGAAAAGAUGUGAAACCUUUAGUCAUGCACUUGAGGAUGGGAAUAAUCAGCUGAAUGAUAUCAGCCACACUGUUAUCAUAACUGGAGAUGAUGAGAAUGAAGAAGUGUACAAUACUGAAGACUGUGAGUUUGCAGCCAAGAAAAGGAAAAAAGAUCAUUUUAGGAAUAACACAGAUUCACAAUGUUUUUAUCGUGAAAAGUGGAUUUAUGUUCAUAAAGAAAGCACCAAGGAAUUUUCCUUACAGGUUCUGAUCUUUCUUGAUUUUGAAAGAGCGAUCUCACAACCAGGAAACAUUUCUUCCCAAACUGGAUACUGGUUUUUAGGGCAAAAUGAAAAGAGACAUGGCUAUUGCACCUUGGGGGAAGCCUUUAACCGCUUAGACUUUUCAAGUGCGAUUCAGGACAUCAGGAGGUUCAACUACGUGGUCAAACUGUUGCAGUUAAUUGCAAAGUCCCAGUUAACUUCACUGAGUGGUGCAGCACAGAAGAACUACUUUAACAUUUUGGACAAAAUUGUGCAGAAGGUUAUGGAAGACCAAUAUAAUCCACGACUGAUCAAAGAUCUUCUACAGGAUCUGAGUUCUACUCUCUGUAUACUGAUUAGGGGAGUAGGAAAAUCUGUGUUGGUAGGCAACAUCAAUAUUUGGAUUUGCCGAUUAGAAACUAUCCUUCUGUGGCAACAACAAUUAAAAAAUCUUCAGAUGAACAAGCAAGUCAACAAUGGACUCACACUUAGCGAUCUCCCUCUGCAUAUGCUGAAUAACAUCUUAUACAGGUUCUCUGAUGGCUGGGACAUUAUUACUUUGGGUCAAGUGACCCCAACUUUGUACAUGCUUAGUGAAGACAGACAGUUGUGGAAAAAACUAUGCCAGUACCAUUUUGCAGAAAAGCAGUUUUGUAGGCAUUUGAUUCCAUCAGAGAAAGGUCACAUUGACUGGAAGCUGAUGUACUUUGCACUUCAGAAAUAUUACCCAAUAAAGGAGCAGUACGGGGACACCUUGCAUUUCUGUCGACACUGUAGUAUUCUGUUUUGGAAGGACUACCACCUUGCUUUGUUACUCCAGGAUACAGGACACCCCUGCACAGCCAGUGAUCCAAACACCUGUCUCAUGCCAGUAUCUCCUCAGCAUUUUAUUGAUCUCUUCAAAUUCUGAGAUGUUCAGUAGCUGUUCUCCUGUGUUUGUGGCCAUUUUUGUGAAGAGUCAGGCAGGAUAUGUUAUGCUUUUCGUGCAAUAUAUUUAAGUGUAAUGUUUUAUUGUAGUUUAAAUAAAUAUAUGGGGGAGAUUAUCAGAGAGGUUUGGCAUGUUGUUUUUGUGCAGAAUAGCAAGGAGGAAAGGAGAAACAUUAAGAAUUUCGUUGUCAGGAAAUCUCCAGUGGACUUUUUUUUCAAGUCCAAGAAAGACCACUUUAAUCUCAACUUUAAAUCUGCUUUUGACGCCUUAAUAUUUGGUUAAAAUUAUGUAGGGGAGUUUUGAAAACUUCAUGGAAGAAUUAAACUACUCUUGCAGGGACCAAAGGAGGGGUUUUUUUGUUAAUCCUUCUUUCUAUAAGCCAUGGUUUUCAAAACACCUCCAUAUAAUUUGCACUAUUAUAAAGAAUAGGCCAAUAUUCUCUUAGACUUACUGCAUUACAAAGGUGGCAUUUGUUAUUAGGAGCUAGUGAGUAAAAUAUAACUGUGGUUAUAUCUGCUGUUGAACCUAUAUGAAUGAAGGAAAUCAACCAAGUUUUGUACAUACAUUAUGCAAAAAUAUUUAUUUUUCUUAAGGACUUUAAUAAACAUUUAACCUAUCGUAGCACAUCUUGCAGAACUCACGAGACCAAUCUGGGGCUGCUGGAAAUCUUUCUGAUGGUAGCUACAGCCUUCAUUUAUACUGUUCGGAAUGUCUACAAGUGCAACUGCAUUAAUUUCAUCUUCUAAGAAGAAGACAUUAUUGAAAUUUAAUGAGGAUGGAGUUGCUUGUUCCUAGAGUGGUACAGUGGCAGAGCACUGUGCUACCAACUGAGGUUCUAACCUGACAUGCUAUGGGAAACACUGAAAGUCAGUCUGAGCUGGACCACCUUCUGCCAAGUUAAUUAGUUGAUAAAUUCUCCAGGAAACUACUUUAUUUCUGUCCAGUAGAACAAAAUAAAUUGCUUGGCUUAAGCAGGUAAAGGAAAAAUUGUGAAAGUUUUGGAUUUGUCAGUGAAAUUUAACAGUAUGUAAUGUACAGAAAAAAUAAAUCAUGUACCAUAUUCUGCACUUGCUUGUUCCAAAUCCAGUUUUGUAUGAUGUAAUAAAUCAUGUUUUUAUCUGUU